GCCCGUCAUACCUACCCUCCGACGAGCGCAUUACCGGUCGACCGAUCGCUUCGAUAGUCUCCUCGAGUUAACGAGCCGCUGAAACAAACAAAUCUUUCAACAUGUACUCCGCUUGCGCUGUUGCCCUCCGGGCCGGAGCCCGUCGCGUGGUUCGCCGGGUUCCCAAGAGUGCUCGUGCUCUCCCCCGCGCUGCCGCCGCUCGCCGUCAGAUCUCUACCUCGGCCGCUCGCUCGACCGAUCUUACCACCCGGGGCAUGAUCGUCCAGACCCUGUCCUCGGUCGGUUCCAAGCGCGAGGUCCAGCAGUACCUCUCUCUCUUCACCUCGGUCUCGUCCCAGCGUUUCGCCGUUAUCAAGGUCGGCGGCGCUAUCUUGACCGACUACCUCGACGAGCUUUGCGCCGCCCUCAAGUUCCUCUACACUGUCGGCCUCUACCCCGUCAUUGUCCAUGGCGCUGGUCCCCAGCUCAACAGGCUCCUCGAGGAUGCUGGUAUUGAGCCCCAGUUCGAGGAGGGUAUCCGUGUGACCGAUGCCAAGACCCUCCGUGUUGCCCGCGAUCUCUUCCUCCAGGAGAACCUCAAGCUCGUCAACAAGCUCGAGGAGAUGGGUGUCCAUGCCCAGCCCCUCACCACUGGCAUGUUCCGCGCCGACUACCUGGACAAGGAGAAGUGGGGUCUUGUCGGUGAUGUCACCGGCGUUAACAAGCAGGCCAUCGAGACUGCCAUUAGCAACGGCUAUCUCCCCAUCCUCACCUCCAUGGCUGAGACCGACGACGGCCAGAUUCUUAACGUCAACGCUGAUGUCGCCGCUGCUGAGCUUGCCCGUGCCCUUGAGCCCCUCAAGGUUGUCUACCUCUCCGAGAAGGGUGGUCUCUUCGACGCUGGUGGCGAGAAGAUCUCCGCCAUCAACCUCGAUGAGGAGUACGAGCACCUCAUGUCCCAGGCCUGGGUCAAGUAUGGCACCCGCCUCAAGAUCAAGGAGAUCAAGGAGCUCCUCGACACUCUUCCCCGCACUACCAGCGUUGCCAUCAUCCACCCCGAGGAGCUCCAGAAGGAGCUUUUCACCGACUCCGGUGCCGGUACUCUUGUCCGCCGUGGCAGCAAGCUCCAGGCCGCCACCAGCCUUUCCGAGUUCAAGGACCUUGAGGCUCUCAAGUCUGUCCUCAUCCGCGAUCGCGAGGGCCCCGAUGCCAAAGAGACCGUUGAGAAGUACCUCGACUUCCUCAAGGAGAACCCCUUCAAGGCCUACUUCGACAGCUCCAUGAACGCCCUUGCCAUCGUCCUUCCCGCCAGCGAGGGUCGUCAGGCCACCCUUGCCACUCUUACUAUUACCAAGUCUGGAUGGUUGACCAACGUCGCUGACAACAUCUUCACUGCCCUCAAGAAGGAACACCCCUCCCUCGUCUGGACCGUUAAGGAGGACGAUGAGAACCUUGGCUGGUUCUUCGACAAGGCCGACGGCAGCAUCACUCGCCAGGGUGAUGUCAUGUUCUGGUAUGGCAUUGAGAACGGCGAAGAGAUUGUCAAGCUCAUGAAGGACUUCACCGAGAACGGCCGCGCCAUGCUUGGCAACUCCAACCUCGAGUCUCGUCUUCGCCAGGCUGCCAGCAAGCCCGCUGCCCAGCAGGUUCGCGGCUACUCCACUCUCGCUCGCCGCCCUGCCCUUCCUAAGUUCAGCAUCUCCAACCGCAGGGGCUACCUUACCCAGACCAACCCCAACCCCCCUGUCGGCAAGCAGAACGCUUCCAUGGACCGUCCCGCCCGCGUUGCCCUCAUCGGUGCUCGUGGUUACACCGGCCAGGAGCUGAUCCGCCUCAUCGACUCCCACCCCAACAUGGAGCUCCACCACGUCUCCUCUCGUGAGCUCGCUGGCAAGAAGCUCGAGGGCUACAACAAGCAGGAGGUUAUCUACGAGAACCUCAGCCCUGAGGAUGUCCGUGAUAUGGAGAAGCGUGGCGAGAUUGACUGCUGGGUCAUGGCUCUGCCCAACGGUGUCUGCAAGCCCUUCGUUGAGGCCGUAUGGGAGGGUCGCAAGGCCUCCGGCCACAAGAGCGUCAUUAUCGAUCUUUCUGCCGAUUACCGCUUUGACAACAAGUGGACCUACGGUCUCCCUGAGCUUGUCCAGCGCAGCAACAUCAUCCAGGCUACUCAGAUCGCCAACCCCGGCUGCUACGCUACUGCCGCCCAGCUCGGUAUUUCUCCCCUGGUUCCCCACCUCGGUGGCAUGCCCCACGUCUUCGGUGUCUCUGGCUACUCUGGUGCUGGCACCAAGCCUUCUCCCAAGAACGAUGUCGAGAACCUCACCAACAACAUCAUCCCCUACAGCUUGACUGGCCACAUUCACGAGCGUGAGGUCAGCGCCCAGCUCGGUGCCGAGAUUGCCUUCAUGCCCCACGUCGCUGUCUGGUUCCGCGGUAUCCACCACACCAUCUCCAUCCCCCUCAACAAGAGCAUGACUUCCCGUGACAUCCGUCAACUCUACCAGGACCGCUAUGCUGGCGAGAAGCUCGUCAAGGUCGUUGGCGAGGCUCCUUCCGUUAAGAACAUCGGCGGCAAGCACGGUGUUGAGAUUGGUGGUUUUGAGGUUGACAAGUCCGGCCGCCGCGUCGUCAUCUGCGCUACCAUUGACAACCUCCUCAAGGGUGCCGCUACCCAGUGCCUGCAGAACAUGAACCUUGCCCUUGGCUACGCCGAGUACGAGGGUAUUCCCACCAUGUAAAUGAGUAAGCCUUGUUGGGUCUGAUGAUACCCCCAAGUAUUGUCUGCCGCGCGUGACACUUGUCGCACGUUUUUUCACCAAGGUUUUUACAAUUUA